AUGGAAGACACGCCAACAACAACAUCAGCUAUCUAUGCUGUGUCACGCUCCCGUGGAAAACAACCGGGCGAGCCCGCUCUCAAGGCUAAAUUGAGGGAGAGGAGGAAAGCCAAAGGCCAAGCGAGGUCCUCUGAUGAAUCCGAACCAGAGGACGAGAUGGAGCCAGAUUCUGUCAUCUUGCAUCAAUUAUUCAAUCGUAAAGUCAUCCUGCAGGCCGACAAGACUGUCGUCAAGGUUGGAAAACGUAUAACCCUAGGUGAGGGAGAAGCGUUGAAAAUCGCCGUCAGUGCUGGUAUUCCAGCCCCAUCCGUCCGUGACACGUGUACAACAUCUGACGGCGAGGUCCGAAUCACUAUGGAUUAUAUCCCAGGGGAGUCUCUCGAGAAAUUGUGGCCCGACAUGUCUGUUGAUCAGAAGAAAGACAUUGCCCAGCAGAUCAGGCAAAUCGUUGAAAAGAUGAGAUCUAUCACUCCCCCAACCGACUUUAUUGGCGCUUGCGAUGGCACGGAAAUCCGGGAUACCAGAGUCCAUUUUACUUAUCAUUCUCUGCCUUGUCGUGACGAGAAGGCCUUCAACGAGUUCUUGCUAACGGCUCUCUACGAGCCAACGCCCCCGCUUUUACGCGAAGCGUUCUCUCGACGGCUGCGAACUGAUCAUCGAGUUGUUUUCUCCCAUUGCGAUUUGGCGCCGAGGAAUAUCCUGGUCCAAGAUGGAAAGAUCCAAGGCCUAGUGGAUUGGGAAGAUGCGGGAUGGUAUCCAGAAUACUGGGAGUAUGUCAAGUUCUUCCAACGUAAUUUUGAUAAAGAUUUCAGACGGUAUGCUGUGGAUAUAUUCCCUGAGGUCUAUCAUGACGAGCUGGUCGACUACACUGCGAUAUCCCAUUGGCAGAACUCUUAG